CAGAACUACAUGGCAGACUUCGACUUCGACGGCAGCUUCAGGGUCAACAUCUAUGUCCAGAACCACUUCGACUUCGACUUCAACGUCGACUUCUAAUUCAACGUCGACUUCAAUUUCGAAGACGGCCUUGGGGUCCGCACCUAUGCCCACAACUGCAUCGCAAACUUGGGCAUCAGCCUUGCCACCUCCAACUUUCCAGUUCAAGGGGAUUUCUGACCUCAAUAAACUGCUUAUCAGUGAUUCUACUCCUGAAUUCUUUACAAUUGAAAAUGUUUCUACCCAGGACUUUGCCGGAAUUGAAUUAGCAAGGGAGAAGUGCAGGAUACAGAAAUUUCGAUUGACACUCUACUCGGCUGAUUCGAAAUGCCUCUUCAUCACCAUUCCAACAGGACCUCAUGAACGCCUUCAUGGCCAUCUCGACGAUGGAAUAUUCCGGGAAAUUGUGGGAAUGGGCUUAACGCACGACCUAAUACGGGCCGGUGCUACAAUAUAUCAGAAGUGGAAUAGUACUGGAGGUACAGAAUCGGCCGGAGAGGGAGAUUCAGCUCGUAUCCCUCUAUCAACCCGUCCAUUGCCUAGCAAUUUUCCGACGUUGGUCAUCGAAGCCGGUUUUUCACAGUCUUUGUCAUCGUUGAGACAAAAGGCAAAAUGGUGGUUCGAUGUCUCAGGCGGCGAUAUCAAGAUUGUCAUUCUUGCCAAGUUGGACCAGCAAUCUCAAAUAAUUCAUCUCGAGAAAUGGAAAGCCAUCCAACUCCCCCCCUCAGCUGGAGUAACAACACGAACACGAGCUGCUACCGCCGCCGCUGCCCCUCAGUCGCAUUGUGUCCAGACCAUUGAUAUUUCUCGCACCCCUGGCAUCAAUGAUACGGAUCCGAAUCGAUUCGAUGGGGCCUCAUAUGUUAUUACUGGUGGUCCUUUGCAAUUGGAAUUUAUGGAUCUCUUCCUUCGAAAACCUAUCCCGCCGGAGGCAGACGUCGUAUUCAGUGAAGAAUUCCUACAAGAAUAUGCAGGUAUAGUUUGGAGAGCGGUCUAACUAGGGAAGUGGAAGUAGAGAGGACGUUGGCUUAACGCUAGUAUUGAGGCCGCGAGGUCUCAGUCGGCAAUGGUGAUGAAACUGAUGUGAAAGCUCAUUCCAGGAUGAGGCUGUUCAUUGGUUGAUUUCGCAAGAAACUAUGCAUAGGAGAGACCUGGAAUGGGAUGUCGAAAAAUACCACUGCACUAAAAGGGACAUCCCUCCUGAAAUCUCCAUUAUUAGUGAAUAUAUUUUGACAGGAAGUGUUACCCUAUAGAUCACGGCCUAAGGGCAGUCGAGAGAAUGGAG